AUGGAUAAAGAGCCAAAGCAAAAGCCACCAAAGCCAGAAAACCCAGACAAGCAAGAUUCCACUCCUAAAAAUAACGAAUCAAGAGUAGCUGAAAUAAAAGAAAUUAGGCCAAAAGCUGAAGAAAACAAAGAAGAAAAUAAAAUUCAAAGAAAUGGUCCUCCUCAGGUUCGAAAAGAGCAAGAUUUAAUCACAAAAGAAAAUGAAUCAAAAUCAGAUAAUGACCAAAAGAUGCUUGAAGCCGAAGUAAUAGCUCUACGAGAAAAGGUAAAACAGCUAGAAAAAGAGAAUUCUGCAUUACUUUCUUUUAAAAACGAACUUUUCCAAUGUCAAGCCCAGCUUAAAGCAACAGAACUACAACUAAGAGACACAGAAAUAGAAUUCGCUGAGAAAUCAGUCAAAAUACACUUACUUCCCCUCUGUAAGCUAGCAAAACCAUUAGAAAAAAGUCAUAUUUUUGAGAAAAACUCACCAUAUGUUUGAGGGUAAAAUGUUAAAAAUAUUUUAAUAUAUAAAUAAUAAUUAUUAUUAUGAUGUAAUUUCUGUUAACUCUAUUUAGCUUGAAUUCUAAAGCAUAAAUAUUAUAAGUUUAAUUAUUUUUUUCAAUCUUUUGAGAAUUAUUAUAUCGUUAUUGCAGAUUUUUGAACUUUGCCACCUAAGUGUGGAAUUUUUUCCGCGUGUGAAAAGGUGUUUUUCACGUGUGGAGCCCUUUUGAUUUCACAUGUGGAAUCCUCUUUUCACACGCGGAAAAAAUUCCACACUUAGAUAGUAAAGUUCAAAAAUCUGCAAAUAACGAUAUUAGAUAUCAUAAAAAAUUAUAGAACAAAAAAUUAAUUCAUCUUUAUAAUCAUAAAAAAUUGCUUGUUCAUGGGGUUGGGCUGUUAGAAUUUGACAAAGAAGUCCACAAUCGCUUCUUAAAGAACCUAAAAAAGUGAUGUGAUGCCUCGCUUAAUAUCCAAAAGAUCUGAAAAGGCUACAAGCAGCGAAAAAUAUUCUAUCAAAUGAUCAUGAACGAAGUUAAAAAAUCUAAAACCUUCGAAAAAAGCCAAGUUUCAGAUGAACAAAUCAUUAAGCAAGUAGUCUCAGCUAUUUCUGAACGAAAACUUACUCUUGAGCAAUGCUUUAGAGCAGCAGAUAUCAACGGUGAUGGAGUCGUGACUUGUGAAGAAUUUUCAAAAUUUCUAUCAAAACUUGAUAUUGGACUAAAUAAAUCUCAGCUUACCAGAUUUAUAUUGAUUCUUGAUGAAGACUGCAAUGGGACUAUUGAAGCUAAUGAGUUCUAUGAAGCACUGUCAGCCUUUAAAGUAGAAACAGAAAAACAGAGAAAAUCUAAUAAAACAUAUGAACAAGAAACCCUGAUGAGGUUUAUUAAUGCUAUGAAUUCAAAAAAUAUCGAACCCAGUGAGCUUUUCAACUUAUGUGAUACAGACAAUUCAGGAAAAAUUUCCUUACUCUAUGAAAAAAGUUUUUAUAAAAAUAUAUUAAUAAUUUUAUGGCUAAUUCUAUUAUGCUUUAGGCCGAAAAUUGUUUUUUUAAUAUCUAAUUUUAUAUCAAAAUUAAAACCUCUCCACCGCGACUAAACAAAAAUCUUACCCUAAAUAGAGAGUUAGAAGAACUAGAAAAACUCAUAAGAAGUAUGAAUAUUGGAUUUAAAAUUAAAGAUUUCCAUGCAUUGGUGACAUUUCUUGACACUGAUAAAAGCGGCGAACUCUCCAGGGAAGAGUUUUUAAAACAUGUAGGGAAAGCUGUCCAGUAUUUUCAUAUAGAAAAAAAUAUAGCGACUUCAGCAAUUCCUGAAAAAGGUGGACCAAAUACAAGGAGAAGUGAAUGAGUAAAGGCAACAGUUGACAAAAUGGAAAGCCAAGGACUUGGGAUUCCUGAAGCUUUCGAUCUGAUUGAGACUACCCGAAACGGAAAAAUCACGCUUUCUACCUUUGCAAGAAAUUUAGCUAGACUGUACCCACAUAUGGAACAAAGCGACCUGCUAAAGCUGAUUGGGUAUAUGGACAUUGACCAGGACAAUAUGAUUGAUUUGAUUGAAAUGCAGGAUUUUCUUACAAUUUAUUCAAACUCUGACAAGUUUUCUAUACGACAAACCCUCGGAUCAAUAGCAAAAACCAUAUCUAAACAAGGAGAUUUUUCAUCAUUUUGCUCUGGAAACCGAAUUCCUAGUGUUAUUGAUAUAAGUACCUUUAUUAAUUUUAGCAAAAAAUUUUUUUCUUUGUCUGAGGACAACUCAAUUCAGCUUUUUAAUUAUCUAGACUCUGAAAGACGCGGAGGAAUUUCUUUAAAACAACUAAUUGCCGCUCUUAAACCAUAUGAAAAUAAAAAUAAAGAAGACUCUCUUAUCCUUGAAACCCCUAGGCCCUUAAGCCCAAGAAGUGCAGCCCAAUCUUCAGUUGACGAAUUUCUCAAUGCUCUCCACAAGUUUGGCUUAAAGCCAAUAAAUUUAUUCAGAAUUGCUGACAAAAAUAACCAAGGCGAAAUUUCUUUGGCUGAUUUCCAAAACACAAUAGUAAGGUUUGCAGGACAUAUUGACCCAAAUUUGACGAGAGAAGCCCUGAAACUUUUUAAUAAAAAUAAAAUUACUAUAAAAGAUGUGGAAGCAAUUUUCCUGCAAGCUGCCAAAAAAGAGCCAAAUAAGAUAGAUCAGAAUGGACUUAGUGUAGAAGAAGUUUAUUGGCUGAGAAAGCUAGAAAAUGGGAUUUCCAAGCUUAAGGUGGCGCCUGAGACUGUUUUUUAUUAUGCAGAUGCCAAUAGGGAUGGGAAAAUUGAUUUACAAGAACUCAGGGCAGCUAUUAAAAAAUGCUUACCUGGGUCUUUACUGACAUACACAGAUAUUUGUUAUAUUUCUCAAGCAAUGGAUAUUAAUAAAAACGGUACAAUUGAGCUGCCGGAGUUUAUAAAAAGGCUAAAAGACGGAAAAGAGUCCAGUCACAGUGACGCAUUCCUAGAGGAAUAUGGCAAAACUAAAGCUAAUAGAAAUGAUGAAGAAAUUAAUUUACUGCCUCCUAUACCAAGAACUCCUGGAAUCUCAAUUAAACCGAAGCGAUCUUUACUCCCACCAAUUCCAUUAAGAAAUUUAUUACAAAAUGAAAUUCUGAUAAAUAAAUUCCAAAAAUUGAUAAUCCAAUGCCCAAGUUCUUUUCCAAUCCACCAAUAUUUUGAAAAUUUUGGGCUUUUUCCUCAAAAUUUGAUAAAUUUAGCAAGGCUUGCAAAGAUAGGUUUUGCCCAUGACCUUAAUGAGAUGGAUUGUAGAGAAAUAUUAAAGGUGCUUGAUACAAGUAACCAAGGAAGCGUUUAUGCUUAUACUUUAUUUACUGUACUUGAUUCUUUUAGAUAUAAUAUUUCUAAUUUGCCGAUUCCUCAAAACCCAGAAGCUGAUAAAUCUAUUAUUUUUGUAUUAGAAAAAGCAGCGGAAACUUUUAAUGAAAAUCGUCCGUUAUAUAGACAGCUACCUGAUUUAUCAAGCCCGAUUUUAGACUGGGGACUUUUAACAUUUUUGAAUGUAGAAUACCAUGAGCUUGAGCUUGUCAAGCCUUUUUUUCCAGCAAAAUGCUAUAUGUACCAUCUAGCAGCUGUUUUGCAGUCUUAUCAGUACUCAAUCUCACUAUGUGGAGAGCAAGUGAUGCUCUGUGCAUUUAAUAUAAACAAUAUUCGGCAGCAGGCUCCAAUUUACUUUGCUCCAUAUAAUUUAAGUGUCAGUGACUAUUUAAACAAAGAUGAGCUUAUAAAUAGAAUAAUUAUUGCGCUUAAGCUGAAUGGGGUUGAAUCUGAUACUUUAUAUCGAGUUGUGUAUGGAACUGAUAACGAAAAUCAGCCAGUCUAUCAAUUUUUUACUUAUUUUGAUAUGUUUUUAAGCAUGUUCCCAGAGCCUGGCAUCUUGCUUCCAUUUCCCAGAAUCCCGAUUUCUCAACGAGAAGACCUAGAUAUCCGAAUAAAAUCAUUUUAUAAAAGAGUUUCUGAUAUAAUGACCCAGCCUCUAGCGGUCUUUGGCAUAAACCUUAUAUCUCAAUUAACAGAAGACGAGCUUGGCAAUCUAUUUGAAAGGCAUUUAAACUUACGAAAACAAGAAGCGUCCACUUAUUUGUCAUUAUUGAAAUUUAAUAAAAAUACAAAAAUUGCGAUUUAUCAUCUGAUAACUGUCUUGGACACUUAUAGAAACUCGUCUUUAUUAGCAGUUUAUGUGCCGAAACAAGAAAUAAAUGAGAUUAAUAAAUAUGUCUCAAAAAAUAUUUCAGCACUAGGCUGGCUUGUGUCGAAAAAUUUGACGAUGGACUCGACGAUUACGCUACAGGAUUUUUCAGGACUUUUUCCGCUGUUCCAUAAGCCAAUGCUGGUCAAUAUUUUUGAUUUUCUUAAUCCUUAUGGGAGAAGCUUUAUUCAUGCUCAUCAAAUAAUGGCUUUAAUUGAUUUAGCUCACUUUGCCAGAGGAGAAUUAGGGAGUUUUCCUUUCAAUAACAAUCAGCAGGCCCCAAAAGACGUAAAAAAUAUAUUAAAAACAGUUGCGAAAAGCCUAGACGAACAUAAUAAAAAUGCUUAUCAUUAUUAUGUAGAAAAUAACAUAGACUCUGAAGAAGUUCUUGACUUGUCAGGAUUUAUUAGAACUUUUUCUAGUGAUUUUACCCCACCUGAAGCAACUGCGCUUUUUAGGGCAUUAGAAGUCCCUACCUGCACUGGUAUCAAAAUUUAUCAUUUUUUCGCAUGUCUUGAAACUUAUUGUAAAAAUACUGGACUUAAAAUUAAUCAGACAGAGAGCCUCACAACUUUUGCAUUAAAAAUCCCUGAAAAUGUUAAAACUGCUGACUUUUUCAGUGACAUGAAUAUUCAUGAUCUUUUUGAUACACAAAGAUUUGCUAGAUAUAUGUAUGUAAAACUCGGGCUGAGUCUUGAAACUGCAGAAAAAUUGUUUAGAGAAAUAGACAAAAGAGAUAACAAGAGGAUUUUUGGUUUUCAAAUAUGGACAAGAGUUGAUUUGUACUCUAAGCCAAAUGAUUUUGUAUUUUGAUAGUGUGACAUUCAUCAAAGAAAUUUUGUCGAAAAUUUUUAAAUAGUAUUUUGAUCGAAAUUUAAUAAGUUUUUCGGUCAAAUUUCUCAUUAUCCAAAUGUUUCGGCCAAAUUGUAUGAUGAAAUGUGCAUGACUGCACCCAUUUGAUUUGUAUAGAAGCUGCAUAGAAUUAAGUUAAGCUAUAAAGACAGGCGUUAGCAAUAUUGAUAAUGCAGUCACCAAAGACCUCCCUCCCAUACGGGAGGUUCAUCAAUUUUUCGACUCCAGCCCAGAGGGUCUAUCCCCCAAUAAUGGGUGCCACUUCCGGGACCUUCUGUCUCCUCCUUGGCUCGCGGUUUCAGUCUUGAGUCGGCUGCUUCUGAAUUUCUGCAGCCCUGCUACGGGUGAUUGAAGUAGCUUGAUUCCAAGGAUCAACGCCCUGGGGUCUGUCAGACGAUUGACUGCAACAGGAAAAAGACUACUCCCUUGCGGUCUGGGCUGAAACUCCCCAAUUUCUCGGUAGAGGAUGCCCAUUGGGCCCUUUGAGCAGAAUGCGCUGUUGGCAUCUCCAUUUCAACCACAGGAAAGCAGCCAACCUAUAUGUUUCACAGUAGCUCUAGUAUGGAUUGUUGUGCCAAGAGUACAGGUUGGAACAAGUAACCGUCUAAUGUACAUAGAAGCUGCAUAGAGAAUGGAAGAAUAAUAAAAGAAAUCCCAGCGCUUCCUUAUGUAUGGGAAUCAAACACUAGUGAGCAAGUCCAGCUUUUAUUGAAAUCAAUAGCCCAAAAAUUAGACGUAAAUGAAAUAGGAACAUGCGAAAAUUAUUUAAAUUCAAGAAUAAAUGUACUAGGAGAAUACGGAAUCGGGGAUUUUAUUAGUAUAAAUGGAGACUUAAAUGAGCAGCAGUCAGCAGAAAUUUUUAAAGCGCUGGAUAUUAAGAAGCAGGCUAAGAUAACGUUUUAUCAUUUUCUGGACACUAUUGAGUCUUAUAGAGCAAGACAAAGGCAAAACAAUGUGGAGACAAGAUUUAAUGGAAAUAAAAGAAAAUAA